UGAAAUUCAGGAGGAACUGCAGAGCAGCGGGGACGUGUCGUGUCUGGAGUCACCAAUAUUCCGAUCGAUGACAAAUUCGAGCUGCGUGCGUUUUCCGUGCACCAUUUGGUGACAGAGUACCUGAUUGAGGCAAAAUUCGCGAGACUCCCCUGGUGCUGUGCGUGGAAUUGCAAGAUUCAGUAGACUAGACCGGGCAGGCAGAUCCAUGUUGAAGACCGUGGAUUGGUUUUGAUUUGGUCACGAACGAGGAGCAAAUCCGGCUGAGAGUCGCUAAGGAACGAUGGCAAGGAGUACGAUCAUAGGCAACAUUGGAUCUUUCGUGGGAAAUGCGCUGGGAGGUGUUAGAGGACGUCAAAACGCGGCCGCUUGGGUUGUUGCUUGCACCGCUGCGUAUUUCCUGUGGAUCAAACCCGAACGCGAUGCCAUGAGAGAAGAAGAGGCUAGAGCUAUACUGCGGAGAGAGGCAGAUUUGCAUCGUUAUGUGGAGAGAACAAGACCGUCCGCUGAUCCCCAGGAGAGAGGACUAAUUCGCGGCAAGCCGAAAGAAUCUCCCAGUGAAAGGUAGCACGUGCGCCUUCCGUUAGUGUUACCAGGAGUUCUCUUACCGACCAUUUUGGCAAUUUAUUAUAUGACCAUUGACGAAAGUCACACAAAGUGUAACCAAAGGUUCUGAAGGAUAAUAUGUACCAAUCUCCUAGGGGCUCACCAAAAUAAUUGUACAUACCAUUGCCUCUGGGUUGAAGAGUUAAUCGUUGCGGGUGAGGCUUCCCUGUAAUGUGCUCUAUUACCAGAGGGUAGGACAGGCACCUUCUUGUGUCGAUAAGAUUGUAUUAUUUCUUAUGUUUUUUGUUUCAUUGCAUCACUGCUUUGACAUGUUGCUCAUUAUGGUUUAGAUUUUAAUUCUAUUGACCCAGGAGUAUUCUGUGAGAAUGCAAUUUGUUUUGUGCUCUUAGUUGUCAUACUAUGAGGACAAUGGAAAAAACUGUAUGUGAGAGAUUUAAAACAUCCUUAUGUCGGACUGUAUGCAACUGGCCUGGCAAGUGACAUUGGUCUAGAUUGAGACAACGACAAGUUGAUGGCUCCAGUUUGUCGUCUUAAGAAACUGUAGCUUGGAUGGGUUUGACGCCUGAGCAGCAGCUGAAAGCCUGUGCCGAAAGGGUCGACAAAAGCAGUUGGCAUUUUGAGCACUACCACAUGGAUGAUGUUUGAGAAGAAAAUCCAAACGAUGCCCGAUCAAAAGAUUGGUCCAGCUUGUGGUUAACAAGCAACUGGCUUUCUGUUCGAAAGAACACGCCAUGGAGUACUUUGCAUAAGAAUCUUGUACAUGUAUCAAGUCUGCGUGCAUGCUCAGAAAUCUUCUCUAUUUUGAUACUGUUUACAGCUCAGAGCUGACUGAUAGCACUGUUCGGUCAUUUUGACUUCUCCAAUCUUAUGCUUCG